AUGUUCAAGUUUUUCGUGGUUCUUUCCUGCGCUUUUGUCCUAGCAGUAGCUAGCGAACAGAACGAGAAAGAGGACGUAGCACUUGACUUAGAGACUGAGGCUAGUCACCAUUACGACAGCUAUGGAAACCACGGUUACGGUGACCACGGUUACGGCGGAGAGUAUGACGGAGGCAAAUAUAGCAAAGGUGGAGAACUUUCCGGUCUCGCUCAUAGCUCCGCCAUCCAAGCCAAGAACGCUGUCCACAACCAACACACGGCUGGAAGUCAGGCCGCCUUUGGGGUCAAGAGCAGCCUUGCCAGUGCCGCUUUGGGGGCUGCCCACGCUGCCCACGCUGCUGUCAUCGGCAAACAAGCGAUCGUAGGCAGCUUGAAGAAGCAAUUAGCCGAAGCUGAACACCAGCUCCAGGGAGAGAUCGCCCAAUACGCGCAGACCCAAGCUGCUUCCCAAGCCGCCCAAGAAUCCGCCCAGCAAGCCCACGCUCAGCUCAACUCCCUCACCGCUGCUUUAGCCGAAGCACAAAGCAGGGCUCACCAUGCCAGCCAAGCUGCUCUCGAAGCUGAGAACUCAUCGGCAGCCCAGCACGCCAUGGUCAUCGAUGCUAAGCAACGCGUGGGUCAGCUUGCGGCCCAGCUCCAAAACGCCGCCCAUGAAUUACAGGACACUGAGUCAUCGGCUAAGAAGGCGGCCGAAGCUGCUCACAUAGCCCAGUCUAACGCUGCCGCCGCCGAAGCAGCCGUAAAAGCUGCAGCUGCCAAAGGUCAUUACGGAUACUCCAAAGGGCACUAUUAGAAUAAUAUUGUA